GUUGUGGCUGUCGCCCCGCGUCGCGGAGCCACGUGUGGAGCCCCCGGGAGCGGGAGCGUCGCCGGUGAGACCCCGCCGGUUCCUGGCACUUGCCAGACAUUAACACCAUGAGCUUCGUGGCUUAUGAGGAGCUGAUCAAAGAGGGUGACACCGCCAUCCUGUCACUGGGCCAUGGCGCAAUGGUGGCGGUGCGCGUGCAGCGAGGAGCGCAGACCCAGACCCGGCACGGUGUCCUGCGGCACUCAGUUGACCUCAUUGGCCGCCCCUUUGGCUCCAAGGUGACCUGUGGCCGAGGUGGCUGGGUGUACGUGCUGCAUCCCACGCCUGAGCUCUGGACGCUGAACCUGCCGCACCGCACACAGAUCCUCUACUCCACUGACAUUGCCCUGCUCACCAUGAUGCUGGAGCUUCGGCCCGGCUCUGUGGUCUGUGAGUCCGGCACUGGCAGUGGCUCUGUGUCCCACGCCAUCAUCCGCACCAUCGCCCCCACGGGCCACCUGCACACAGUGGAGUUCCACCAGCAGCGGGCAGAGAAGGCUCGGGAGGAGUUCCAGGAGCACCGUGUGGGCCGCUGGGUGACCGUACACACCCAGGACGUGUGCCGCAGUGGCUUUGGCGUGAGCCACGUGGCCGAUGCUGUAUUCCUGGACAUCCCAUCGCCUUGGGAGGCAGUGGGCCACGCCUGGGAUGCCCUCAAGAUGGAAGGUGGCCGCUUCUGUUCCUUCUCACCAUGCAUUGAGCAAGUGCAGCGCACAUGCCAGGCGCUGGCAGCCCGCGGCUUCACGGAGCUGAGCACCCUGGAGGUGCUGCCGCAGGUCUACAACGUGCGCACCGUCAGCCUGCCGCUGCCCGACCUGGGCGCCAGCACGGGUCCCCCUGCUGGCCCCGACGCCGGCCCCUUCCGCAGCGGCACACCCAUGAAGGAGGCUGUGGGCCACACCGGCUACCUGACCUUCGCCACCAAGACCCCAGGCUAGUGGGCUGCCACCCAGGAGCACCAGCAAGCUGGGGGCACCAGCAGGGGAGCCGAGGC